CACUCCUUUCUUCAUCCCCACGCACAGAUUCAUUAUAUUAUACCUAAUUUACCACCGCCUCUCCACACUCCACAAUGUGUCCACCGGCGGCGGCGGCGGCGGCGGAGUCGCUUCUCGCAUCUGGCCGGACCUCCGAGAAGCUAAGCCUACCAGCACUCCAAUCCAAAAUGAAGUGCGACCCUGAAGGCUACGAGUCGGAGCUCCUCCUUCUCCGCAACCAAUUCGACUCCUCCCUUCACCUCUUUCUCGAACAAGCCACCCAUGGCUUCUCCUCCAUCACCGGCGUCUCCACCGACCCCACCGUCGCCAAAGACCUCGCUGAUCGAGCCUUGUUCCUCUCCCAUGUCACUCCUUUCUACCCUAACCACCUCGCUGAUUUCCCCUCCAAACUCAUCCAGUUGCUUCGUGAAGCUCACCGCACCUUGCCUUCCGGCCUCCGCUGCCACCUCGCCCAGGCCCUCAUCCUCCUCGUCAAUCGAUCGAUUGUUGAUAUUGGUGAAACGCUGUCGUUGUUCAUGGAGCUUCAAACCCUAGGUGACAAGACGCUGAAGAAGCUCGCGUUUGAUCACGUUAUUCACAGCAUAAAACGCAUGAAUCAAAAGCAUAAGAACGAUGCCAAGAACCGUUCACUUCAGAACAUCCUCUUUGUUAUGCUACAAAAAGAGGAGGAACAACAUGCCAUGAGAGCGCUUGUGACUCUGUGUGAGCUUCAUAGGAGGAAAGUGUGGUUUGAUGAGAGAACAGCAAAUGCAAUUUGCAAUGCUGCUAUCCAUCCACAAUCGAGGAUCAUGAUAGCGACUUUACAAUUUCUGCUUGAUUAUGAGAAGAUUACAGGCGAUGAAGAUAGUGAUGAUUCCGGCAGCGAUGAAGAAUUGACUGAAUCACCUCAAGUUAUCCUCAGUAGGGAGAGAGUUUAUAAGGCAAGCCACCAAGGGACAGCAGCUAGCAAAAAGAAAAAGAAGGCAAAACUAGAACGUGUAAUACGCAGCAUCAAAAAGCAACAACGCAUGUCAUCUGAAAAGAAAAAUAAUAGUUACUAUUCCCCACUUAACCAUCUUUUAGAUGCUCAGGGUUUUGCUGAGAAACUUUUCUCGUGUCUCCAGAAUUGUAAUGAACGAUUUGAGAUCAAGGUGAUGAUUAUGAAAUUGAUUGCUCGAACCAUUGGACUUCACCAGUUAAUUCUGUUAAACUUUUAUCCUUUUGUUCAGAAAUAUAUUCAGCCACAUCAACGCGAUGUUACAAAUUUGAUUGCAGCAGUAGUUCAGGCUUGCCAUGACAUGGUUCCUCCGGAUGCAAUUGAGCCCUUGUUCAAACAAAUAGUAAAUCAAUUUGUACAUGACCGCUCACGUCCAGAGGCUAUUACUGUUGGACUAAAUGCAGUCAGAGAGAUCUGCAUGCGCAUGCCACUGUUAAUGAAUGAAGACUUACUACAAGACCUUGCAUUAUAUAAGAAGUCACAUGAGAAGGCAGUUUCAGUAGCAGCUCGAUCUCUGAUCGGAGUAUUUAGAGAGAUUUGCCCCUCUCUACUAGUUAAGAAGGACCGUGGGCGACCAACCAACCCUACGGCAAGACCAAAGGCCUAUGGAGAAGUCAAUAUUGCGACUGACGUUCCUGGUGCUGAGCUUUUACAUAUUGACAAUGAUGAUGAGCAGGAGAGUGGUGAUUCUGAUGAUUCUGUAUGCAGUGGCUCUGAUGAUGAGAACCAGUUAUGCACUGAUAAUACUGGAAGUGAUGAUGAUGAAGCUGAAGAUAAUAGCGUUGUAUCAGAUGAUGAGGAAAGUUCUGAUUCUGAAAUUGGUGUUAGUGAUGAUGAUGAUGAUGAUGUUGAUGUUGAGGGUAAGGAGGAUGACCUUGAAGACAGUGAACAGUCUGAUGAAGAGGUUGGUGAAGUUUCAGAAUAUGAAGAAGAUAAUGAUGGAAGUGUAGAGGCAAAAAGUACAUUGAAAGAAACUUCAAAAAAGAGGAAGUUUGCUGAUUUUAAUGGUACACUUACAGCUGCUGAUACAAGUCUUCGGGCUUUGAAGAAAUUGACAGGGACGACAACCGGGCAUGCCCUGCCAGAAUCUGAGGAUGGAUUUCUUUCUAAUGAGGACUUCCAGAGGAUAAAGAAGCUAAAGGCGAAAAACGAAGCAAGAAAUGCAAUGGCUCAGCACGGACUAGCAAUUAAGGUUCCAAGCUCUGAUCAACUCAGUUUAAAACGAGUAGAUGGCGCCGCGCUUGAAGUUCAUGUAAAGAAAAAGAUGAACAAGGAAGAAAGAUUGGCUUUGGUUAGAGCAGGCAGGGAGGACAGAGGAAAAUAUUGUGCUCGAACAGCUGUAAAACAGAAAAAGACGGGUGGCCUGAGCAACCGACAAAAGGAACACAAGAAGAAAAUGCCCCUGGCUGCAAAGAGAUAUAAGGUAGCAAAAUCUAAAACAGAGAAGAGGAAACAACAACAGCGGGCUGGCAAACAGUUUCGCGGGAGGAAAGCAUGGAAACAAUGAGGCAAUAAAUGUGGUGUUGCAUUAUGAACUGAUAUUUUCUUGCUCUUGGAAUGAACCUUUUUGAGCUUCUCAUAAAAUUUUGAUGGUACUAGUUGCUUUUUUUUGUUUGAAAGGAUAUUAGUUGCUUCUUAUUCCUUUCUGAAUUUAGUUACAGCGUUUAAUCCAGACAAAUUUUCUUUAUCAUUAUUGAACCUUAAAUUAUUUUCACUUUUA